AUGUUUGGCGCGAAUGCAACGUGCAAAUCUGCGGAGGCCCGCUUUCUCAUAAGAUUAGCGGCCACCGUGUCCACAGAGAGUCUUCUUCUUCUUCUCUUUCACAGUAAACAAGCAACUUUCCAUCGGCCGCCGCCCCUUCCGUUUUUGUGCUCGACCGACGUCGUCCUGUACGCCGCCGGAAGCCAUGCUUCUACUGAUUAUUUGUCUUUUGUUUGACAGUGCUAGCGGCGAUUUGCAAGCACUUCUGUCGAAGAGCAUCCAGAGGACUGAGGCUGCCCCGCCGCCUCUUCGGCUCAUUUCCUACGACCUACAGCUCCAAGUUCCGCUGUCAGAGUUGAGGAUUCACUUUCUCAUCAGUAAAGUUUGAGGGUUUUUCAAAAAGAUCUACUAAUUUCAAUAAGUCUACCUUAAAAGUUAAAAGAAAUUCGUUGAGUUUUGAAAGUCUUUUUGAUUUUUUUCUCAUGCUCAUGAGUUGUUCUAUGCGACUUCGAGACAACAUAACCUUAACGGAAUUUUUUUUAGUAUCAAAGCUUACUGUAAUCAUCCUGUCUGUAAGAGCUGUGCAUACACAUAAUUUUUUUCAAAAAAAGUGAGAAAAAAACUUUUUAAACCAGCUUAUUUUUGUCGUAAAAUCAAUUAGAAAAUAGAAAUGUGCCAGAAUCAACUUUUCUCUAUGCAUUUGAUGUUAAAAAAUUCCAAUUCCAUCAUUUUUGUACAAAAAAGCUUUUUUCGAUUCAAAUGAGUAUGCAAAUUAGCGCCAUUCUUUUGCACCAAAGACGUCAUAUAUUACGUAAAUUGUGGGCGGGACCUCGUGAAAAAAAGCUGUGAAAUGUAACUUUUUUUAUUAUUAAUUAUAACUUAAUAUUAAUAAAUAAAUGUUUAUUUCAGGUUGCCGAGCCAGAUGUGCCGCUUUUUCACCGGCCGCGUCGUUCUCCAAUUCGAGCUCACUACACAAAUCGGUCCAGAAUCUCCAUUUGUCAGCGAAGCCUCCGAAACUCGAGCCAAGCUCACGGUCUCAUCAUGAUUUCCUUCUUUAUCAAUUUAAAAUUUCCAGUUUGAAAUAACGGAGCUCGACCAUUUCGAGAACGUUUCCCUGGUGUUUAGCGGCACCGAGUUGGAAAUUUACAAUGUUUUGUUGACGGACGACACCAUGGAGGUGAUUUUCUUUUAAGGGAAGAUAGGAAAUCAUUUAUUUUUGACAGAUAUCGGUAAAUCAGCCAGUUUUGUUCCGUGGUCGGUACACAUUGAGCGUCCAUCGCUACAAGGGGCUUGUUGGAAAUGCGAUCUAUUAUAGGUACGUUUCAAAACUCUUUGAAAUGAUUACGCUUAUAAUUGAUAGGUGUUCAUUCCAAAAGGUUGCUAAUUAUUUGAUAAUCACUCAAGUAGUCAAAAAAAAAAUGAAUGAGUCAAUUUUCUUUAUAAAGGAGAGAAUUUCUUUAACCAAAACUAUGCAGAGACGCCGGUGAACACGCCGUUUUUGGAUCCGCUCUGUUUCCAAGAAGAUCUUCCGCCGUUUUUCCAACUUACCGGCCCACAACGAGCAAGGUAACGAUAAAUAUGAAUAAAAUAAUAGUUAAACUAAUUAUUAUGAGAGUAAAUUUCUUUCCCUGUAAGUCUGAACUUUUCCUUCGCGUCAAAAGCAAGAGACGAAAAAAAAAGAGCAUUAUCUUUGAGAAUAGCGCAGAGCGAAAGUCGCAAAUGGUCCGGCGCAAAAAAAAUCUCUAAAUCACAUAUAUAAUAGUCAAUUAACUCAGUGAUUUCUCUUAAGCGUUCACUUAUAUCCGAUUCCUUAAGAUUUGAAACAGUCUGGCUUGUCUGCGCCCUCUUUUCUCUCAUCGACGAGGCAAAAUAACACGUAAAAACAAGAGGGAGCUGAUAAUCAGAUCCAUUUCUGUUUUACGCCCUGCUUGCGAGAAAAGCGAGAGAACAAAAAGAAGCUUGUGAAAUAGCGCAGCGCGAAAGUCGCCGAGGGUCGGGCGCGAAGAAAAUUUCACAUCGCUUCCAAUCGCUACUGUUUUAUCGGAUGUAUAUAUUGCUGUAUAAAAUUUUAACGAGAGUUUUUCCUUUCCCUCACCUUUUCGUCCACGCAUGUCUCAUUCCUUAAGAUUUUUAACAUUCCGACUUAUCUGGGCCCUCUUAUCUCUCAUUGACGAGGAAGAGCGCGUAAAAAAAAGAGGGCGCAGAGAAUUUUUGUUCUUUCCAGGCCUUAUUUUCCAUAAGUAUGGUCCAUCCGCUGGGGACAACCGCCAUCUCCUCAGCUCCCCAAGAAGGUCAUUCAAGGAAAAUCGACACGAAUUGGCAGGCAAAUUAUGAAUGGAUUUUCCUUGACUGACGUCUUCUUCCAGACGACGUCAUUUGCGACGACGUCUCCGGUGGCGGCGUCGAUGAUGGUUUUCAGUAUACUUCCGUUGGAAUACACGACGGUGAGAAGGAAAAUUUUCUUUUAAAUUGUGAUUUUUUUUUCUGAUUCUUGUUCAUUUUUUCUGCAGUAGGAACCACUGCCACUACUCAAAGUAUUGAAUUUUUCAUCUGGGUUCAAAAUUUUCCAGAUUGAAAGCACCUACACGGGGACGAAAUUGAGCAUUUGGUACAAUAAAUACCGUAUCCAAGUGGCUCAAGCCAAACAUCUUCUCAACACGGCGACACAAGUUUUGGCCCUUCUCAAGUGGGUUUUAAUCAAAAAUUGAAUAUUUUUGAGUUUUCACAAAUUUUCAACCUAUUCGCUCUUUUUGUUCUAAUUUUCAACGUCACUGUUCUAUUUUCAUUGAACUUUUUCAAUUAUUCGAUGAAUUUUUUCCACUCUACAGAAGAAUAGUCAGGGUUUUUUUCCUUGGCGCGCGUUUGACAGAAAAAAAACAGCCACUCAUUUUUCUGGCUUUUUCAAUGUCAUUCUGUACUUCGAGAAUUGAUCUUAAAAUGUCAAGACCUUCGAAAAAUUCAAAACGGACACAAUUAUCGAAAGUUUUCGCCUUGGCGCGCGUUUGAAAGAUAAAAACUGCCUUCCAUUUUUUUUUGUUUGAUGAGCUUUUCUUUGUCAUUUUGCAGUCCUAGAAUCAUUCUAAAAAUUCCAAAACCCUCCAAAAAAUUUCUUGAGAUUUCAAAAAGUUUUUUUACACAAUUAUCGAAAAAAAGUGUUCGCCUUGGCGUGCGUUUGACAGAGAAAAUAGUCUUUCAGUUUUUUUCUGUGGUAUUUAUUAUGAACUUUCUAAACGUUAAUGAUUCGAUAGACUUCAUGAAAAUUCGAAAAUUACAAUUUUUUUGAAUAGUUCGCCUUGGAGCGCGUUGGACAGAGAAAAACGGCCUCCAGUUUUAAUGUUUUCAUUUUGCGCUCCUUUAUGUCAUUUUUUAUUUCUAGCAACUUUUUGAACCUUGUAAGACCCAAAAGACUUCAUUAAAGUUCAAAAAAAUUCCAAUUUUUUUCCCUUUAGACAAUUAUUCUCAUCGCUUGUACCUGUGGCAAAACUCGACAUGAUUUUAAUGCACGACAUCAAUCCCAAUCCCUCUUUUGGCGCUGUCAUCAUCCCUGAAGGUCUGUUUACAGUUUCGAGCUUUUAAUGAGAAAAUAUACUUGCUUAUUGUUAUCAUAGGCAAAGUCAGAGAGGGUGAAAAAAAGGCUCCGUAUAAAUUUUUCUUUUAGGGUGACAAAGGAUCCUUAUUGCUGCCUUUUUGCGCCAUUUAUUCAGCUCUUAUGCACCAUUUUUGCUGCCUCUCGCCAUUUCUUGAGUCUUUGAGUUCCCAGGAAAAAAAGAAAGGCUCGAUAAAGGGGCUUUUUUUGCUGCCUUUCUGCGGCUUUUUUUGAGCCUCUCUUUUUUGGCGGCCUUGCCAGAGUCCCCUGAAUUCGCAAUUUUCAUUUUUUGAAGAGCUUUUUUCCCGAUUUUUACAUGGUUCGAAAGAUUUUCUAGAACAGAGUUGAGUUUUCUUUUGAAGAAAGUGAAUUUCCAAAGAAAAAAUUGAACCGAUUCAAGCUCAAUUCUACUCGUCGGACUACGCAAAUCAAAUCUAUCAGCUCGCUUCUUUGCUCUCUCGACAGUGGAUCGGUGGUCUUGCCGUUAUUUCAGACGAACGGGAACUUUGUUUUCAGGUUCGUUCUUUUAAAAAUAAAUAAUCGGAGAAAAGUAAGGGCCCUAAAAUAAUUCAUUUUCACGAUUCUCUUAGCUUGGCCCGACCUUAGCGAGGCCUUAAAAAUACGGCGAGCCUUAAAAGCCUAACUUUCCUUCAAGUCAAAUAUUAGGCUUUUCGACGAAGAAAAUCGCUUUUUUGGUUCUUUUCCCCACAAAAUUCAACAGAAAUUUUGGUUUUACGAGUAUUUUUGUUGAAAAUCCAUCGCAUUAAACUCAAGCUUGAGCAGGCUUUUUCGCAAAUAAAUCAAACAUAAAGCCCGUGUCGCCCAGUCUGUAUACAGAUCAAAAAAAUGCCGUUUUAAAGCAAAAUUGCAAGUUAUUUUUCUCAAGCAAAAGGGAGUUUAAACUAUUUUGUUCCUCCAAGAAGUAUUGAAACAGAAAAUUGUUGUUCUUAGGAUCAACUUUUAGAUUUUUUGAGCAAAAAAUAGACCUACGAGAUCCUUCAAAAGUAUUUAUCAACAGGAAUAGUCUCCAAAAAGCAACGAAAUUGGAUAGAAAAGAUGAAAUUUUUCAAAGGUGGACUCAAAUAAUCGCUUAUUCAGGAAGACAUUGUAGCCUUCGUAGCGGCGAAAAUCGUCCGCAGAAUGACCAAUGACGAUUUUUAUCGAUUGGCUCAUUAUGCAAAGGUAAAUUAUUGAUAAACUCAUUCCGGAUGAUUCUGAUUUCUCUGCGCUCUCUUUUCUCUCAGCCAUUUUCUUUAAAGGUGAGAGAGAAGAGAGCGUGUAAAAAAGCGGUCCCUAUAGGGGUAAAAGGGGCCCCCUAUGUGAUUCUAGAGUCUGACAACUUUGCCCCUAAAGCUCAAGUGGACUCUAUAGGGGUCUUGCAAUUUCACUUUGAAAAAAGCUUAUUUAUUCACUUUUCCAUGGAAGUGCUUCUCCCCUUCAAGUUCAUAACAGUUUUAGACUAGCAUGUCCGCUAUAGGGGCCACUAACUAAAACCCCUAUAGGGGCCGCUCAGGAGCUCCUUAGUACUUCCCUAGAGGAGCCACUCAAGCUUUAUCGCCCCUAUAGGAGGAGACAAAGUGUCCCCGAGAGGGGAGUCUUAAAGGGCCUUGCGAUCCUAAACAGGUCAGACUCUUCCAAACCGUGCUGUAUGAUUCAUCUUCAUUAUCCUAAGUUUUUAGGUAGUUUUGACGGAAACUUUAUUCCUACCUGGAGAACUUCUCUCUUUAAAUGAGAAUCCGAAAGAUUUGGAGGUACCUCAAAAAAAAAGUGAUAGAAGAAAAAAUUUAUUCAGAUCUAUGAAAAAUGCGGCUUAAAAGGCGUUACGAUGUUGGAAUCGGUCGAAAAUUUGAUUGGAGAACAGACGAUGGUCCUGAAAAUCAAUGAGUUGGUGGGUUAAGAAUAGAAGUUUCUGAUUUCUCUGCGCCCUCUCGUUUUUAAACACUAUUCUCACGGUUCUACAACCGUGCCUGUAAGAGAGAAGAGGGCGCAGACAGGUCAGAGUGUUUCGAAUUGUAGAGAAUGGAGUAUAUAAUUGAAUAUUUUAGGUAUACAACUCGGCCAAUGGCGUUUUCGACUCACUCACCUUUUACGGAUUGAUUAAUAAUACGGUUGAUGGAACUGUUCUUGUUUCUCAGGUAAAUGGGAAGUUCGCACUAUCGAACAAAGUCACCUUGAAAAGAGGCGUGGCCAGCCAAUGAAAAAUCGAGUUAGUUAAAGCGAAUUUUCCGUAGUUUUAGUGAAUGGAGUUUAACAAUCGAGGAAAAAUUUCUUGAAGAAAGGUAAAGAGCGAUAUAGCGCAAGAACGAGAAGCGAGCGAUAUCGCGUCACUUUCGCUGCGACGUGUUCAAUAAAAAUUUUGAAUUUAAAAAACUUUUUUUUAUUUAAUAUUAACUUCUAUGCUGUCAAAUUCGAGAAAAUUUUUUUUUAAAGAAAGUAGAGUUGAUGUAGCGCAAAAGCGAGAGGAAAGCGAUAUUGCUCGCGGCAUCGCGCCUUUUUCACUUGCGACAUCGCGCCUUUUUCACUUGCGACAUCGCGCCUUUUUCACUUGCGACAUCGCGCCUCUUUCGCUCGCGACAUCGCAUCACUCUCUCUCUCUCUGCGACGUGUUCACUAAGCUUCAAGUUCAGCUGCUGAACUACUGGCGCCAACACGGAGGAAUACCCAACCUUUCCAUGGAUCGGUUCAGUGAUUCAAUCAAAUUAUUGCAAGAAAGCGGCAAUCGCACUGUGAAAAGUGGUGAGAAUCUUCAAAAAUUGGGGUUCGAAAAAAAUCCUUCUGAAGAACUGAACACGUGGGAGAAGAUGCCGCUGUGGCCGCUGGCCUUGCAAUUCACCGAGUUCAAGCUCCCCGUCGAGGUGAUGCUCAGCCAGGGGAUCCACGUCGCGCCGGUCAGGCAGGGCAACGUUUUUGUCAAUUUGGGUGAGUUUCUCGGAUGAACAAUUGAUUUUUUUUUUGCUCUCCAUCAGCUUCUUUUCGACCUCUAUAGUCAUUAUCUUGUCCCUAUAGGGGCAAACUUAGGGGCCCUUGGAGGGAUCCCUCUAGCGAACACUUUACUAAAUUCUAUAGGAGUCACUAAAAAUAGCAAAAGUGGUCCCUAUAGGGAACAGGCUAGUCAAUCAUUUUCAUGAACUCUGUGCGAAAAACUAAAUGAAUAAGCGUUUUUUGAAUGAAUUUGAAAGACCCCUAUAGGGUCAGCUUUAGGGGCUAAGUGGUCAGACCCUGGAAUUCCAUAACGGCCACUUGUUUUCACCCCUAUAGGGACCAUUUUUUCGGCUCCUGUCGUGGCUGUUUACCUCUCUAACCCCUAUAGGGACCACUUUGCUUUUACAUCUAUAGGGACCACUUUUUAGGCUUCUAUAGAGGCUUUUUUAUCACCCUAACCCCUAAAGUGACCACUUUGCUUUUACCCCUAUAGGGACCACUUUUUCACCCCCUAUAGGGCCGUUUUUUCCACUUACUCCUAAACGGAUCCCUCUAAAACUCCUAAGUUGUGUAUUCCACCAAACUUUCUCCAGGCUUCACCCACUUCUACCGGGUCAACUACGACCUGGACACUUGGCGGGCAAUCAAGCAGAUUCUGACGGAAAACGCGACUUCCUACACGAAACGCGAACGAAUCCAGCUCAUCUCCGACUUUUGUUACUUUUACGCAUCGAGUUUGACGCCAUACAAUGUUUGGAGUUGAACUAGAAAAUUUAGACGCGCUGGCCGAGCCGGCAGCUUCGGUCCUCCGGAACGAGUUCGUCCAGCUCAUUCGGCUGAGGCCGACGUCAUUUCCGAUCUGCGACGUCGCCAUUUAUAACUGCGUCGCUCCGCAUCGAUUCACGAAGCCCAAACAUGUGGACCGCAACACUAUGACUCAGCUUAGGUAUUACUGUGUGUAGUGUGAUCGGAAAUGCUCUGCGGAUGGCCCGCUCUCUCAUUGGUUCAUGGCGCCAUUAGGGGCGGAGCUUGAGCGACGACUUGACAUUCAAAAUCUGAACAGACUUUGAAAUUCGUAAUUGUGAACUUCCUCAAAAUGACAUCUUUUGAGGAAUUUUAUCGCGAUAUACAAGUUUUAACUAGGACUUCCAAGUCUUGAAAAAUAAAAAACGGAUAUAGUCAAUGUUUCCCGACUUGAAAGCGGAGGGAGGCGGGGCAAGGGGCGGGACGCGUAGCGUGUGCGUUCGCGGUUCUUGGCGCCAGUUCAGUUCAAUUGCCGCCGACUACUUAAAAAGCUCGGCAACCGCUCUUUCUCUGUAAUUUCUACUAAUUUUUGAGGCAAAAAAUAACAUAAUCGUCAGCCCUCUUGAAGGUUUAGUGAUCCGGGUGAGAAUACUUGAAAACAAGUGAGAAUAUCUGCUAAACCCAAUAGAGAACUGAAAAAAAAUUAGUAGAAAAUGUGAAAAUUAGGCCUGAAAAUUCUCAGAAUACUGCUUUAUACCUUCUUUUAUAUUUUAAUACAAUCGCCUUGAAUUAUUCGGCUAUGAUAAACUCUAAAAAACUUUUUUCCAGCCAAAAGGAGGAAAGAAAAAGUUUGAUAAUUUUCAAGCCUAAACUGUUCAUUUUCAAAAAGCUUUUUCUCAGAAGCCUAUGGGGUUUAGCAGAUAAUCUCUCUUGUUUUUAAGUACUCUCACCCGGAUCACUAAACCUUCAAGAGGGCUGACGUCGCUAAAGUGAUCACUAUCAAGAAUGCUGACACCGCUUAAGUGAUCAGUAAUCUCUCGAGAAUGCUGGAGCCACUAAAGUGGUCACUAAUCCAUCUGAAGUGCUGACUCCGCUAAAGUGGUCACUAAGCUCUCAAGAGUGCUGAAGCCGCUAAAGUGAUCACUAACCUCUCAAGAGUGCUGACUCCACUAAAGGGAUCACUAAUCCCUAAAGCCGCUAAAGUGAUCACUAGAAAUGCUCAGAAAAGGGUGUGCGUUACCGGUCCUAGCUGUUUUCUCAACAUUUUUUCGUUAAAUGAAUUUCAAAAACGAAAUUUCAAGCCUAAUUUUGCAGAAGACGACUUUUCGACUCGUUCAACAACGCCUCGGACAUGGAAUGCCGUAGCGGCCCGGCCCACGACGCCAUGAACGACAUCUGCACCCAACUCUACGGCCUUUCUUGCUUGUAA